AAAAUGUAUGACGGUUUCCUCAUCGCUGUGUUACUUGUGCCUGUUGUAAGUACCACGAAUUACCACAACUUUGGGACUGAUAUCGAUUACUACCAGGUCCUAAAUGUUACACGCUCCGCCAAAGUCUCCACGAUCCGGACGGCAUACCGGAAACUUGCCCUACGGCUACAUCCUGACACCAGUGGGUGUGACACGACUAAGCAAUUCCAGAUUUUGGGGGAGGCGAAGAAUAUUCUAACGGAUAAAAAAGAAAGGGUAGUGUACAACAUGUUUCACCCUGAAGCUGGGUACUGGUCAGAAGCAUACGACUGGGACAUGGCGGACUGUGAGAUGCGGAAUGCUUCACUUGUACAGAAAGUUCAUAGGAAGGCUACAGAUGUAUUACGAGGCUGUAUACAAAUACUGAAGGAUCAUUGGCGGAUUCAAAUACCAUCUAUGACGUCAUAUAUAGAUCUAUAUAAGACUAUUCUGACAGACUACUUUGUGAUUGGUGUGUUGUUAGUUUCCUCGGCAACACUUUGGUGCAGCGACUUAAUAGGUCAAUUCAUCUCUGCUGUUGGCUGUGCUUUCUACGGCCUUCAUCUUCUCACAGUGGCUUAUUCCAGUAGUCAUUUAUUUGUCAUGGAAAUCAUCAAAAAGCUAUUUUUCCAUUUAUUCCAUGGACCUUCAUUGAGAGCUUCGGUACUGAAGAAUAAUUAUAUACUGAAUUGCUACCUGUAUAUGUUGCUGUCCUUGGUCGCUGUUGCGCUUGUAUUUCACUACUACCGCCCUAGGCACGUGACCCAGAUUUCAAACGUUUUGUGGACUAUGAUCACAGUCGUCGGUUGUGUGACCAUUCUUGCGGGUCUACCCAGCACAGAGAUGUAUUUAGACUUUAGAAGUCAAUCAGAAUAUUCUUCUAUUUAUACUUUGAUACUAUGUGGACUUAUACUUUAUGUUUUACGUAGCUGACAAAUGCACGCUUGUCUAGAUCCAAUGUUAAUGGUAUGUUUCAGAAUUUGGUUAUGAAAACAAUUAAUAUCGACACAAAAUACAUGUAGCAAUCAACGAAAGGUGAAUGUAUUUCCGUAUUUAACUUUAAACCCUGAACAAAGUAUGACGAAUGCGUUCCAAGGAAAUAUAAAAUGGAAGUUUCAUUACGAUUACGUAAGGCCUAUAUCACAUUUCAAUUUAAAAUUAACCAUGUGGGGAUUGUGUAUAUUUUUUUGUUUAUUUCCCGUUGUUAUAUGAUAUCAUUGUGUUGCUGCUUUACCGGUAAAACAAUUAUAUACGAAUAUGCGAC